AUGAUAAGAGGGGCGAAGCAUUCUACCUCGGCUACUAGCUCGCACUCUUCUCGAACGGGGGCAUCUCAAUGCGUUGCUGAAUGUAUUGUGCAUCGCAACAAGUCGGCCGUGGGAAGACCAAAACUAUCCAGAGACGAGGAAUGUCCAAGCUGGACUCCUUCCGUGGUUAGGCGUCAAGGGUUUGGCGGCCAGGGUGGAGACGUCCAGUCAGCUGACAGAAUCAACAUCAACCUCGUCGGCGAAACGACCGAUGGCGUGAAUGCUAUCUCAUGGAAGUAUGGGAUCGAUAUCAGCGUGGGGAAGGUCGAACGAAGAAGAACGAACGAAAUUACCGACCCGGACCUCUCCUUUGAAUUGGCCGCAUGUGAGCCCAGGGUGGGACAGAAAAUUGGCAUGGUGGUAUUUCGCAACUGCGCGUUCGACUUUAGCAACGACGACAUGUGGACGGAGAACGAUUGGGACAAGAACAAGUUCACCGAACACGAUAUUCGCCGGGUGUUUGGACCCGACAAUGCUGCUUCUUUUUAUACUGGUGAAAUCAUUCGCAUCUCUGACGACCGUCGGGUGAUCGAACACGAUAUCAAUACCUACAAGGGUUGCUCGGGUGCAAUCAUAUUCCUUCUCGACAAAAAGCAACCAACGGGACUAGUGAACAGUCAAGAUCAUGGAAAAGCCAUUGCGAUCCAUGCGGGGUGCGCAGUGAGUGAAAAAAAAGUUCUUAACGCAGCUGGAAAACAUGUGGGACCAACGGAUACCCAAAAAAGCAACAUUGGCUUCACCCUACGCCGCCUUCUGGCAAACACGGUGGCGCCUGGUGGAAGCGCCAUGCCGGAUGAUACCGAAGAGGACAAAAAGCCUCCCGCCGCCGCAUUAGGGAAAGCAAAGAAAGGAAAAUUGAGAGGCACGGUGGAAGCCCCAUGCAGGACGAUUCCGAGGACGGUGAAGAGCCCGCCGCAUCAGGGCAAAGCAAGAAAAGAGAAAAGAAGCGCCACUGUGCUUCCAGGGUCGAAUGCGAUAGCUCAGAUAAAUUUAGUCAUGAUAGGCGCAAAGCAAGACGGACUGAGAACAGGAGCAAGGAAUCAGACGAAGGGGAAUUUUCAGAUACAGGCCGUGAAACAACGCCGCGACAGCAGGAAAGAAAGGAGAGCGACAAACGCAAGAAGAUGGGGAAGAAGAAGAAGACAAAGAAAAGCAAAAACGUAGCAGCUGAGGAUCGGCUUCCUUCAGUAAACGAAUGGGUCGACAAGUCGGUCGCUUCAUUGAUUGGGGUGCCAAGUUCAACAACACGGUGAAUCAAGAUCGAUAUGGACACCAGUGAACCGACGAACUCUCCUGCCAACCCAACUGUAACCCUGAAGAUAUCUGAAUUGCUUCUACGAGCCUUUUUGUGUGUGCAAGUUGGCUCAUGAUGACAUCUUGCAGAUCCCCCUUCUCAUUCCGUAUCUUGGAUCAACUACUUUCAACCCGUGCAGCUGCCUGGAUGUAGACGGUCUUGGAUCUUUCCUCUUGCCGUAGCAAUGCUACUUUUUUUAGCCACAGAGUACCUACGGGUAGCUCAACGCUUGUAUUGAGAACCUGUCAGAUCAGCCAGCUACUAAGUUGAAAGCUGGACGACGAGCGCCCGCACUAGCUAGUGGACUCCAUGCUUUUGUCGGACAGGUUUCUGGGAAUUUCUAGGACUGCCAAUCACUAACAACUCCUGAACUGCGCUUGGAGCAGAUGUGCCAGUGGUAACAGGCCGCAAAAGACUGCCGACAACUCACGCGACAAAGGGAGCUUGAUCGCCAGCAAGUGAAGAGAGAAAGCAAGCACCAACGGACCCGCCGAUACGGGUAUCAUCACCGCAUUCUUCAAUUUUCUGGCAACACAAUCUUUCUGCGCUGCGACGACAACGAUGCUCCUGCCGAGAGGACGUGAAUCGAAAGAAGAUCACCCAAAUCAUAGCAAGUGAAUUGUUUGGCCUCUUUUGAGUUGUUCCUAGUGGGUUGGUGGGGCAGAUUUCAGAGCGGGGUGGAUUGUUCAUUGUUGGCUUCCAUCUCCUUCAUUCUCAUCUUCACCAACCAGCUUCAUGAUAUGAGAUGCUGCCACAAAGCCUGUAGCGACGCAAGCAAGUGCAUUGAAGCCUCCAUUGAAACCAUGCACGUCAAUAGCAGACCCACAAAGGAACAGCCCCUUGAUGUUUUGACUCUGGCAUUCAGCCAUAUUGAUAUCUUUCAAGCUUACUCCACCUGCCCAUACAUUGUCGUGUGGACGGAUUCCUGUGAUUGGCAGCGAACUGUCGACCAACAAACGUGCCAAAGCUUGUACAUUGGCGGGAGGCAGGUCUUUCCAUUUCAGCUUGUUUGUGGUAAUUCCUGCUUGUCGGCACAAGUUGCCCCAUAGCCGCUUCGGCACCAACGGAAACUCAAUACUUUUAAAGUCUCCCGUUUCCAUGUCAUAAUCGUCAUAAUCAAUCUCUCGAUGCAACAAAGGGCAGGGCGCUUUGAGCACGCUAGCAACUGGAUUGGCCGAUUCUAUCAAUGCCGCCUCGACCUCUUCUACGCCACCAAUGUCUGGGGCAAAGUGGAUUUGAACGGUACCUUGAUUGCCUGCCGCAGCCAUAUCCUGGGCAAUCAAAGUUGACAGUCUCCAAGCGGCAGGUCCAGCGAUCUCCCCUUGUGACACCAAGAGGGGGCCCUCCCAUUUGGGAAGACGAUUGGGUCCUUUUGCGCUGUUGUUGUCAAGUCUGCAUCUCAGCCUGGCUUUGGGCACAAUGGCCUUGGCACAUCCCUCUAGGAUACCCCUCGUGGGGAACAUGAAACUGAACAUUCCGAUAGAUUCUUUUGUGGUGGCAUGUCCAAGCCCUGUCGCCAGUUCCAGUGCGUUGAUAGCAGCUGUAGAACGAGUGGUUUUGUCGAUAGCGGGCAAUUCCUCGGAGUCUUCUUCUUUGUCAGGAGAAUAUUCGUCUCUAUCAUCCGACAGCUCCCUACUGCUUGUCGAGCCCGCGGAUGGUCCCUUUUUGGAUUGCUUCAGUUGCUGUUUUUGAAUCUUGGCUUCCUUUUUCCGUUUCUUGGCUAGUGUUCGUUGCUCCUGUUUGGAAAGACUUUCCAUGUCGGCACUACCACCGCUGGCGUGUAUGAGCGAGUCCAUCUUUUUCUUUUUGGCGUCGCCUUUUCGUUUCUCUUCCAGCUUCAUUUGGUCCUUGAGCGACAUUGGUUCGUCCUCGAUUUCCGCCAAUAGGGAGUCGAGAUCGAUGGUCUUUUUCUUUGACGAUGUGGCGGAAGUCGUGCUGCCCUUUCCAGUGGUGGCAUAGAUUGGAGUGUUGGGCACCUCUUGAUAAUCUCCUGCCAGCACGACAACAUCCACCUCCAAGUUGGACCCUUGGUCACCUCUCGUAAUAGUGAAUCCAGGUUUAUUGUAGGAUAUAGAAGCGACCUUAACAUUUGUCUCGACUUUCACCUGACACGU